GAGGCGGCGCGGCGGGUUUUGGGGUGUAAGUACACCCGAAAUGGGAGUUAGCGGACCCCGGCGGACGGGCCUGCCUGGCGAGGCGCUGCUGUGCCUGGCCGCCGUGCUCUCGGUGUGCCGGCCGGAGGUGGGGGCCAUGUCGAAGGAGGAAAAGGCGAGAGUCAGGGAGCAGGUGGUGGAGAUGUUUGACCAUGCAUAUGGCAGCUAUAUGAAACACGCCUAUCCCGCGGACGAGCUGAUGCCCCUGAGCUGCAGGGGCAGGGUGCGAGGGAUGGAGCCCAACCGCGGCGACAUCGACGACGCGCUGGGCAAGUUCUCUCUCACCCUCAUUGACACCUUGGACACGCUGGUGGUGCUGAACAAGCUGGAGGAGUUCGAGGAGGGGGUGCGCCGGGCGAUUCGGGACGUGAGGCUGGACAACGACGUGGUCGUGUCCGUCUUCGAGACCAACAUCCGUGUGCUGGGUGGCCUGCUGGGGGCGCACGUGAUGGCAGACAUGCUGCGUCAGCGUGGGCAGCGAAUGCUGUGGUACAGAGACGAGCUGCUGCACAUGGCCAAGGAGCUGGGGAACCGCCUGCUGCCCGCCUUCAACACCACCAGUGGCCUGCCUUAUCCACGGGUCAACCUGCGCUACGGGGUCCUCAACCCCUUGUCCCGGACAGGCACUGAAUCGGACACCUGCACUGCCUGCGCCGGCACCAUGAUCCUGGAGUUCGCUGCGCUCAGUCGUCUGCUGGGGGACUCUGUGUAUGAGGAGCACGCUCGCAGAGCUCUGGACGUGCUGUGGCAGAAGAGGCAGAGAGGAAGUGACCUCGUUGGCACCGUCAUCAACAUCCACAACGGCGACUGGGUCCGCAGGGACAGCGGAGUGGGAGCCGGGAUCGACUCGUACUACGAGUACCUGAUGAAGGCGUAUAUCCUGUUGGGGGACGACGUCUACCUGGAGAGAUUCAACACUCACUACGCUGCCAUCAUGAAGUACAUCAGCCAGCCGCCCCUGCUGCUCAGCGUCCACAUGCACAACCCCACCAUCAGCGUGCGCAGCUGGAUGGACUCUCUGCUCGCCUUCUUCCCAGGAUUGCAGGUGCUGAGAGGGGAUCUGAAACCUGCCAUUGAGACGCAUGAAAUGCUGUAUCAGGUUACUAAGGAGCACAAGUUUCUACCCGAGGCCUUCACCACAGAGUUCAGGGUCCACUGGGGGCAGCAUCCUCUCAGGCCCGAGUUUGCAGAGAGCACGUACUUCCUGUACAAGGCGACGGGAGACCCGUACUACCUGAGGGUGGGGAAGUCCGUGGUGGAGAAGCUGAACGCUCACGCCCGCGUGCCCUGCGGGUUCGCCGCCGUCCAGGACGUGCGCACUGGCGCGCACGAGGACAGGAUGGACUCCUUCUUCCUGGCGGAGAUGUUCAAGUACCUGUACCUGCUGUUCUCCGAGAAGAGCGAGCUUCCGUUCGACAUCGACGAUUACGUCUUCACCACCGAGGCUCAUCUCCUGCCCAUCUCCCUGUCCACCUCGCAGGGCCCCUGCCAGGACAACCGCACUGGCGUCUACGCCUCUGAGGAGGACCUGUUCUCUUACUCCUGCCCCAGCGCGCAGACGCUCUUCCCCAACAACCCCUCCUUCGCCAAGACCAUCCGGGACGGCUCCAAAUACCUCAUGGGGACAGGAGGCGGCUACCAGCCCUCAGCAGGCAGAGGCAUCGAGCUGCCCCUGCACGACAACGGCAUGGAGCCCAUGGAGUUUCUGAAGAGCAUGGGCAUCUCCCUGACGCCGCUGAGCGACGGCAGCAUUGGGGUCACCAGCACGGGGGCGCAGCUGGACGCCUCCUCGCAGAAAGGGGUGUACAGGGUGAAACUGAUCGCCGAGGUCACCCAGGCUCCGGAGGAGGAAGAGGUCCUGCCCCUGGCCGUGCAGCUCAUCUCCCCUCCCUUCCUGGGCCGGACCGUGCUGACCGCCGGCCCGGCCAAGUUCGGGAUGGACCUCACCAAGACCGAGCACGGGGUGAGCGCAUGCCUCCUCCGAAAGGCGCUAUAUAAAAGUUUGUCCUACGUGCUGUGGCCUCUCACCUUGUGACUCUCACUGCUGACUCACACUUUUGCCUGCUGGGUCUCAGCGCUGCCUUUCACUCUGGGGCCUCCCUGGGCUGAUGGUAUGCUUGGAGCAGACCACCGGGAGGGCAGCAGCAGCGAGGACACGCCCCUCUUUCAGAUGGUGGGCGACGGGGGCGGGACCGACGACAUCACCGUGCCCCUGGUCUUCCUGUUCAGCCGCGAGGGGGCGGGGCUGCUGGCCGCGCUGGAGGAGCACCGCAACGUGGACGUCCUGCUGCUGCCGCGGGACAGGCAGCUGGGGCAGGAGCCCGGCAAGGCCGAGAGGCUGAAGGGGGUGAACAUCAAGAUCCGCCUGGCGGAGGAGGAGGGAGGAGGGGUGUGGGUGUUCGCCACCCCGGUGUUGAUCUGUCACAGAGGAAGAACGGUCCAGGGAAUGACUUGUGUCCGCAAGGAGCGCGCAGGUCGUCUCUCCCCUCUGUGGGCGCGGCUCUUCGCUCUGGCCAGUUCCUAA